UCCCUUUUUCAGCUUCAUUGCCAAACCAAGCUGGUUUGGCCUAGUUGUUUUCGCAAUGAGAAAUUCUUCCACGUUGAAAUGCGCACUCUUGCGCUUCUUUGUUCCCUUGUUGCUUAUUGCCAGCUUCUGUUAUGCUCCUUCUGCUAUAGCAACAACUGAAGUUUCAGGGAAUGAAGUGAACACCGAUGGGAAGCUUGUAAAUGAGGAACAUACAAAGACAAGCCUAGGAGGACAUAAUGAAGAAGCAAAAUUCAAAGGAUUUUUUUUCCCAAAACCAAUUCCAUUUGUUAAGCCUAUACCAAAGCCAAUUCCAAUUGUUAAGCCUAUACCAAAACCAAUUCCCGUUGUUAAGCCUAUCCCUAUUCCAGUAUAUAAGCCUAUUCCGAAACCAAUUCCCGUUGUUAAGCCUAUUCCAAAGCCAAUUCCUGUUGUUAAGCCUUUCCCUGUUCCAGUAUAUAAGCCUAUACCAAAGCCAAUUCCCGUUGUUAAGCCUAUUCCAAAGCCAAUUCCUGUUGUUAAGCCUAUCCCUGUUCCAGUGUAUAAGCCUAUACCAAAGCCAAUUCCUGUUGUUAAGCCUAUCCCUAUUCCAGUGUACAAACCUAUUCCUAUUGUUAAGCCUAUACCAAAGCCAAUUCCAGUUGUUAAGCCUAUCCCUAUUCCAGUGUACAAGCCUAUACCAAAGCCAUUUCCAAUUGUUAAGCCUAUUCCAAAACCAUUUCCUCCCAUUGUUAAGCCUAUUCCAUAGUCUAUAUAUCUCGACAUCAAUUGCGUUAGCAUAAUCCAAUUGUACCCAUCAUGUGUAUUUUAUUGGAAUAUAUGUAAUUAAUGCUUUCGCUUCAAUAAAGUUCUCAGGAUUGCUCUUGUAACUUGAUUCUAGUAAUCCAAGAAUCCUACUGAUUUUCUAUUACUAUUUUUGUUUAAAUAGUAUUUUU